AUGGUGGAGAUGCUCCUGAAGGCACAAAAGUACAUGAACGUGGAAAAUGCCCUGGCUGCCAUAAAAGAUACCGAGAGGCCAGGAGACAAGGUCAAGAGGGAAGAUGACCGUAGGGGGCAAAAGCGAGACAGACCAGAACGUCGGAACAAUGACGGGAAUAGGAGGAAGGACGAUAAAAAUCCUCGGACGGUAAAAUUUACUCCCUUGGUUAUGCCUGUUGACAAGAUUUUCAUGCAGAUCAAGGACGAGCACUACCUCAAAUGGCCCAGGCCAUUACACUCAUCCCCCAACUUACGUGACAAGAGCAAAGACCUGAAGGAGCAAAUAGAGGAAUUAAUACGGAAAGGGAAGUUGCAGAAGUAUGUAAAGAAAGGAAAAUAUAGCAAGUUCAGAGACGACAGCAGGACCCAGCGUGAAUCCUUCACUCGGGAUGACGACCAUCCGUCACAGCCUCCACGUAAGGUGAUCGGGGAGAUAAACAUGAUCACAGGAGGACCAUUCUCAGGGGGUUCAUUCAAAUCACUCAAAAAGGCAUACCAUAGACAGGUGAACAGCGUCCACACCAUGCCUCCAUCCAAGCACCGACGAACAUACCAAGACAUGUCCUUCACUGAAGGAGACGCCAGGGGAGUAAAGCAGCCCCACAACGAUCCCCUGGUCAUAGUGCUGAAUAUAAAAGGGUUCAAUACCAAAAGGAUCCUUGUUGAUAACGGGAGCUCAGCGGAUAUCAUCUACUUCCCGGCCUUCCAACAGCUGAGAUUAGAUCUAAAAAGGCUUCACCCUUUUGACUCUCCACUCGUUAGUUUCAGUGGAGACAGGGUAUACCCUAGGGGUAUAGUGACACUGACAGUGACGGCAGGGACCUACUCAUUACAGUUAACCAAACAAGUAGACUUGCUGGUGGUAGAUUGUCCCUCAUCCUACAAUGUCAUCAUUGGGAGACCCAUCCUCAACAAGUGGAAGGCGGCAACGUCAACCUACUGUUUGAAGGUAAAGUUCCCAACGGACAACGGCGUGGGUGAAGUUAAAGGUGAUCAAGUUCUGGCAAAGGAAUGCUAUCAGGCCGUACUGGCAGGAAAGGAAAACCACACGUGGACGAUUGAAGAAAAAGAGGAAGACGGGAUGGAGACCUUGGAAACAGUGGAAUUGGUAGAAGGAAAUACGGGCAAAACGACCAAGAUAGGGACGACGCUAAGCCCCGAGAUGAGAACAAGACUCAUAAAGUUCUUUAAAGAGAAUCUAGAUGUCUUUGCAUGGAGUCACGAGGACAUGCCAUACAUAUCUCCAGAAGUUAUCCAGCAUAGGCUGAAUGUGGAUCCCAGCAAGAAGCCCGUUCAACAACGACGAAGAACCUUCGCCCCAGAGCGAGAUCAGGCAGUUGCGGAGGAAGUAACCAAACUCUUGACGGCUGGAUUCAUCCGGGAAGUAUAUUAUCCUGAGUGGCUCGCCAACGUCGUCCUGGUAAAGAAAGCAAACGGAAAGUGGAGAAUGUGUGUAGACUUCACCGAUCUGAACAAAGCAUGCCCAAAGGACAGCUUCCCUCUACCAAGGAUAGACCAGCUCGUGGACUCCACCGCCGGACACAAGUUGCUGACGUUCAUGGACGCCUUCUCAGGGUACAACCAGAUAAAGAUGGCUGAAGAAGACCAGGAGAGGACAGCCUUCAUCACAAGUCAAGGACUCUACUGUUACAAGGUGAUGCCUUUUGGGCUAAAAAAUGCUGGAGCUACGUAUCAGAGAAUGGUAAACAAAAUGUUCAGCCAACAGAUUGGCAGGAACAUGGAGGUGUAUGUGGACGAUAUGCUCGUUAAGAGCAAGGAAGAGCUCACACAUCUGGACGACUUAGAGGAAACUUUUGCAACCUUAAAAAAACACCAGAUGAAGUUGAAUCCAAGCAAGUGUGCCUUUGGGGUAGUUUCGGGGAAGUUCUUGAGAUUCAUGGUGUCCCAAAGAGGAAUAGAAGCAAAUCCAGAGAAAGUACGAGCUAUCAUUGACAUGGCCUCACCCAAAAUCGUCAAGGAUACCGACGAGUGCGAAGCGGCAUUCCAAGAGCUGAAGCAAUACCUGAGCAGUCCUCCUUUCCUAAGCCCGUCCAAAGAAGGAGAAAACCUGUACCUGUACCUGGCGGUGUCAGCCUCGGCAGUAAGUGCAGCUCUGAUUAGAGAAGAGGGCAAGAAGCAAUUCCCGGUCUACUACAUCAGCCAAGCUCUCCAAGAGGCUGAGUCCAGAUACCCAAGGAUCGAAAAGAUUGCGUUUGCACUGAUAGUGGCCUCGCGCAAGCUCAGGCAAUAUUUCCAGUCAAAUCCUAUUCUCUUAAUGACGGACCAACCAAUCAAGAAGUCAAUGAGCCAGCCAGAAGCAACAAGGAGAAUGGUCCAGUGGGCAAUUGAACUUAGUCAAUUUGACAUCGAGUACCAUCCCAGGACAGCGAUCAAGGCACAAGCUCUGGCGGACUUCAUCGCCGAAUUCACGUCCCCUGACGAAGACAUGAUUACCGACGAAGCAGAUAAACUAAUAAUACAGACUGAUGGUUCGUCAGCCCAAACGAAGGGGGGAGUGAGGGUCAUCAUAACCACCCCCGACGGAGAAGUGCUGAAAUAUGGGGUCCAACUAAGGUUCCCAGCCACCAACAACGAAGCCGAAUACGAAGGAAUACUGACGGGACUGAGGCUUGGGAAAGCACUUGAUGCCAAGAACUUGUUGAUCCAAAGUGAUUCAAAGCUAGUGAUUGGACAGAUCAGGGGAGAAUACGAGGCAAAAGAAGAAAGAAUGCAGAAGUACCUCAAGUUGGCAAGACAACUAGCUCAAGAGUUCAAUACAGUGGAGUUCAUACAAAUCCCAAGAAGUCAGAAUUUGAGGGCUGACGAAGUUUCAAAGCUAGUGUCAUCAAAGGAAGAAGGGACUGGCACGGACCUGGCGAUGGAAGUCCAAAAACACCCUAGUAUCGACGAAGUUGCAACCUUCGCCAUCCAGAGCACUGAUACUUGGAUGACGCCCAUAAUGUCCUUCCUCCAGGACAGGCACCUACCUCAAAACACCGAAGAAGCCAGAAAGAUCAAGAAGAGGGCAGCCAGAUUCACGAUCCUGAAUGACGUCUUGUACAAGAAAGGCUUCUCUAUGCCCUACUUGAAGUGCGUCGACGAGGAAGAGGCCAAAUACAUUUUGGAGGAGGUAGACGCUGCUGAGAUCGUCAGGAGGUGCGACAAAUGCCAACGAUACGGGAAUGUGCAGCGGCUUCCAGCAGAGAAAAUGACGACCAUAGCUUCCCCAUGGCCAUUUGCACAAUGGGGAAUCGAUAUCGUCGGUCCUCUGCCUCAAGAGGUCAUAGCAACGAUCACGGAGGCUCGGAUCCAGAACUUUGUGUGGAAGAACAUAAUUUGCAGGUUCGGGAUUCCCUCGACGAUCAUAUCAGACAAUGGAAGGCAGUUCAACAGUCAAGGCUUCAGGGAAUUCUGCUCAAGCCUUGGGAUCAAAAAUCAGUUCUCAUCUCCAGGGCACCCUCAGGCGAAUGGACAGACAGAAGUGACGAACAGGACACUGCUGAAAAUUAUCAAAACCAAGCUGGACGAAGCAAAAGGUGUCUGGCCAGAAGAACUACCCAAUGUCCUGUGGGCCUACAGAACCACGGCCAGAACCCCGACAGGAGAGACACCCUUCAAGCUUACCUAUGGCACAGAAGCAGUAAUCCCAGUAGAGGUUGGGGUAACUAGCGUCAGGCGAGGAACUUUCACAGAAGGACUCAAUGACGACGAAUUGCGACUCAACCUGGACUGCCUGGACGAAGUAAGAGACAACGCAUCUACUAGGAUGACAAAGUAUCAAAAAAAGAUGGCCGAGUAUUACAACAAAAGGGUCAAACUCAUGCGACUGGACAUAGGGGACCUCGUCCUACGUAAGAUCACCGCAGCAACUAAAGACCCUACUCAAGGAAAAUUGGGCCCUACGUAG